AUGCCUCUUAGCGGGUAUCUGCAUGAUCUCAGCUUGCUGGCUGGGGAGGAUUGUUUGCUUGUAUCGCCGCCAAAGAAAACAGCACUGAUCGUUCACAGUCCAGAAGCAAAAGCAUCAUGUUCUCCAAGUCUCACUGCAGGCACGCUGAGUGAUAUGAUGCUCCUAGACAAUACAUCCAUAUUCAACAACCGCGAGGCUGCUCACAAGGCUGACGAGAAGGCUGAGUUCCUUCGAUCUGAAUUCACUCCGCCAACAUCGAAUAUCAAGAGCACAGAGAACAAUCCUUAUAUCUUCUCACUAUCUUCAACUACCAAGUCUUCCUCCACUUCAAAUCUAGCACCAACAACGACCAAGAGUCUUGUUGACGUCAGCAGCUGGUUGAACCCUACCAUUAGUCAAGCUGCUUCACCACGCACUCCUCAACAAACAACAGGACUCGCUCGACCAUUCCUCAGAAAAGAGAACGAUCCUCUCUCAUCUCCAGGGGCCAUACCAGCAGUAAAGACAUCUCCACUCCCAGCAUUCACUCCACUUCAAGAGUCGACAAACUCCACGCUGCCCACACCCCCUCUCUUUCAAGUGACAGUCCACCCGUCUGGAAAAGACAGAUCCGCGAAGAUGCAUGGAUAUCACGCAGUAGACCAUGAAUUAGUACAACAGCAGCUUGGCAGUAGUAGUGAUGAGCAGAUAUCAAGGAUGUUGGCCAACCAAGAAGAGUUGCAAGGGAGCUCAGAUGUCCCAUUGUUGAUUAGCAAUGAAGAUUCUAUAGUUGUCCCAGCGAAGGAAUCUCUCCCUCAGCUUACAGCCCUAACAGCAAGAAGUACAAAGGCUGUGAUCGCUGAGCUCAGACAAAAGCACCACAACCCCCUUUCAUUGCAUCUACCAACUAGCAAGUUGGUAUCCAUUGGACCGCUGCCAUCACUUUCAUCAAUUUCUUCGAAUGGACGGUCGGCCCCUACUCGAGACGAUAGAGACGAUGACGAAGCCCCUGCCGAAGAUCCAGACGAUGAUGAAGAUGAAGAUGACCAACCCAAGGGCAGAUCCCGCAAGAUCACAGAGAGAAAGCGUCGGCAGAAUGCCAUCGCUGAUAGCUACUUGCGAGACGCUCUUCAAGAUCCUGUCAAAAAUCACAAACUACUCCCACAAGAUGAAGCCAAUCAGUCUACUCGAUACAUCGUUCAUCAAGCGGAGAGUCAACGAAUUAUUUCAACUCCACGAGAAUAUCAGAUUGAACUCUUUGAGCGAGCCAAAGAGAAGAACAUCAUUGCUGUUCUAGAUACAGGUUCUGGUAAAACAUUGAUUGCCGUUCUUUUACUCCGAAACAUAUUCAACCAAGAAUUGGAGGAUAGGGCCUUGGGUAAGCCAAAGCGGAUCUCGUUCUUUCUUGUUGAUUCGGUGACCUUGGUAUUCCAGCAACAUGCAGUACUCAAUGUCAAUCUUGACCAGCCUAUGAACAUGUUCUGCGGAGAAAUGGGCUGCGACCUUUGGAGUAAGAAGCUUUGGGAGAAGCAUUUUAAUGAGAAUAUGGUCAUUGUCUGCACCGCUGAAGUUCUCCGUCAGUGUCUUCACCACUCUUUCAUUUCCAUAGAGCAGAUAAACCUUCUCAUUUUCGAUGAAGCUCACCAUGCUAAGAAGGACCAUGCUUACGCCCGAAUUAUCAAGGACUUUUAUGCGACGGCCCCAAAGUCUGCUGUUCUGCCCAAGAUAUUUGGCAUGACAGCUUCGCCUGUUGAUGCUCGUGUUGACGUUAAAAAGGCUGCUGCUGAAUUGGAGACCAUGCUUCACGCGGAGAUUGCCACCGCCGCAGACACAAGUUUGUCGCAGUACGCUGCCACUUCGAAACUAGAGCAGUUGGCUACGUACGGACUACUGGGAUCAAGCUUCAUGACACCACUAUAUGACAAAAUGCGUCAACGAUUCAAAGGCAACGCGAUUCUCCGAAAACCCCUCGAGUACUCUUACAAAAUAGCUUCUCGAGAGUUGGGAUCUUGGUGUGCCGAUCACAUAUUCAAGUUUUGUCUUGCUGGCGAAGAGAGUAAUAGACUUCUGGGAAAGACAGAACGUCAAUACCAUGCGAAGAAAGUCCCAGGUCCAAUAGCGAUCUUAGAGCAGCAAAAGUCGCAGCUUCAAGAAGCACUGGACAUCAUCAAGUUACACCCCUUUGAGCCACCAGAUUUCGACCUUGCAACACUUUCUUCGAAGAACCUUUCUUCCAAGGUCGUUCUCCUUGCAAAGUACUUGAAGGAACGGUAUGAACGCCCAACCGAAGACAAAUGCAUUGUAUUUGUAAAGCAGAGGUACACUGCUCGACUACUGACCACUUUGUUCUCUCACCCGACUAUGAAAACUCCACAUUUGUUUGUUGCAAGCUUGGUCGGUACGAGAACGGGUGAUGCUGCAGAUUUACAUACCUCAGUCAGAGAGCAGGUCGUCACCAUGAUGAACUUCCGCAAAGGCACAACCAAUUGUCUGUUUGCUACAUCUGUUGCGGAAGAAGGUCUUGAUGUUCCAGAUUGUAAUCUCGUCAUCCGAUUUGAUCUAUACGACACCACAAUCCAAUACAUUCAGUCGAGAGGUCGUGCACGACAUGCAAACUCUCGAUACAUUCAUAUGGCAGAGAGUGGUAACCAGGUCCAUCAUCAACUUAUUCGUGAGGCUAGGCUGAAUGAGGGCAUCCUCAAGAAAUUCUGCAAUGAACUUCCCGAGAAUCGAAAACUCACCGGCAAUGACUACAAUAUGGACCAUUUUCUGUCUGAAGAAAAGAGCCAUCGCGUGUAUAUCAAUCCAGAGACCGGCGCGAAGCUUACUUACAAGAUUGGUCUUAGUGUUCUCGCGAACUUUGUUGAUUCUCUUCCCCACAGCCAUGAGACAAACCUUCAAGCUGAGUAUGUCAUCACGGCCCAGAACAAGAUGUUUGUUGGCGAGGUCAUCAUGCCCGAGGAAUCACCCAUUCGAGGAUCAACAGGUCGUCCAGCAUCUACGAAGCAGGUUGCAAAAUGCUCAGCUGCCUUUGAGACUUGCUUGAACUUGGUUGCUAGCAAUUAUCUUGAUAAGCAUUUGCUUCCAACCUACACAAGACAACUACCCGCAAUGCGAAAUGCUCUGCUUGCUGUAGACUCGAAGAAGGAGGCUUAUGAUAUGAAGACAAAGCCAGCGCUGUGGUCAGUAAGUGGAGUUCCCGGGGAACUAUACGUAACCAUUAUGAGUUUGGACAAUCCCGAAGUCGUGGACCGCCCAUUGCAGCCGAUGGCCCUAUUGACGAGAUCUCGACUGCCAGAACUACCUUCAUUUGUCCUACAUUUCGGUCAAGGUAGAAACUCGCCCGUCCAGCUCACUUCUCUCCGCAGCUGUAUCCAAGUGGAUCCCGCAAUCAUCAGCCAAGUCAAUAAAUUUACUCUGUGCAUCUUUGAUGAUGUGUUUAGUAAGGAGUAUGAGUCAGAUGUUGCAAAGAUGCCCUAUUUCUUAGCACCCGUCAACCAACGUGCCAGUUUUGAUCGUGAACAGGAGCCAUUUAGUCUGAUCGCAUGGGAUAUCCUGAAGAUCAUUGAAGACCACUCUACUCUUUGGGAGGAUAAGGGAUGGGAGAAGAUGAAGCCGUGGCAGACCGAGCCCGAUGAAUUUUUCGAAGACAAAUUCGUCACUGAUCCCUUUGAUGGUUCUCGGAAGCUCUGGUUGAAGGGGGUGACUCGAGAGUACAAGGCCACAGAUCCCGUCCCGUCAAAUACUGCUCCGCGUAAGGCCAGAAAGGGGAGACCUCACGACAAUAUCAUGGAGUAUAGUUGCAGUCUUUGGGAGAAAGCAAGAGCUCGUAGAGUACUUGAUGAGAAUCAGCGUGUGUUUGCGGCCGAAGUCAUUUCUCUGCGUCGUAACCUGCUAGACGAAUUUAGCAUAUCCGAAUCGCAGGCAUCGGACAAAUGCUUCGUUACUCUUGAGACUCUGAAGGUUUCCCCGAUUCCAAGUACAAUUGUAUUCAUGGCCAAUCUCCUCCCCGCCAUCAUCCAUCGAACUGAGUCAUAUCUUAUUGCCUUGGAAGCUUGUGAUUUGCUUCAUCUCAAGAUUCGCCCCGAUCUUGCACUAGAGGCAGUCACUAAGGACUCUGAUAACACGGAUGAGCAUAGUGCAGAGAAGUUUAAUUUCCAGAGGGGAAUGGGCAACAAUUAUGAGCGACUAGAGUUUCUCGGAGAUUGUUUCCUAAAGAUGGCAACUACGAUAGCUCUAUACGGAAUCCAUCCUGGCCACGAUGAGUAUGAGUACCAUGUGGAUCGUAUGCUCUUGAUUUGCAACAAGAAUCUGAAGAACAACGCCUUUAAAAUCAAGCUCUACGAGUACAUUCGCUCCCAGAGCUUCAACCGUCGUGCUUGGUACCCUGAGGGCCUAGUUCUAAAGAAAGGAAAAACUGCGACGGCCCCCAACACCCAAAAGCUUGGUGACAAGACAAUUGCAGAUGUUUGUGAGGCUUUCAUCGGCGCGGCGCUGUUGACUUGCUAUGAAUCCGGAGAUAUGGAUAAUGCUGUUCGAGCUGUUACUGAAUUGGUAUCGAGCGAGAAUCACAACAUCAGCUCAUAUAGCCAGUACUACACGCUAUAUGAGAAGCCGAAAUAUCAGAUGCAGGUGGCCACCGAAUCACAAAAGGAUCUUGCUCGGCAAGUCGAGAAGGAACACAAUUACCAUUUCCGCUGGCCGCGAGUUCUUGGGUCUGCGUUUGUCCACCCGUCUUACCCAUUUUCCUACGAACAAAUCCCGAGCUACCAACGACUCGAAUUCUUGGGCGACGCAUUGCUAGAUAUGGCUUGUAUCAAUUUUCUCUUCCACAACUAUCCCGGCAAGGAUCCACAGUGGUUGACUGAGCACAAGAUGGCAAUGGUUUCGAAUCAGUAUUUGGGUGCUCUUUGCGUCAGCUUGGGUUUCCACCGUCAUUUACUGCUCUUCAAUGCUAGCUUCCAGAAGCAAAUCAGUGAUUAUGUCACCGAAAUUACUGAGGCUCGUAAACAAGCCGAGGAAGAUGCAAUCCACGCUGGUAAGACGGCAGCCGAAUUCUCUCCUGAUUACUGGAUCAGUGUUCGCCAGCCUCCUAAGUGUCUCCCGGAUAUCGUCGAGGCAUAUGUCGGCGCUCUCUUCGUGGACUCGGAGUACAAUUAUGCAGAGAUCGAGCGCUUUUUCGACGAGCAUAUCAAGCCAUAUUUCACCGACAUGAGUAUCUACGAUACAUACGCCAACAAACACCCGGCCACUUUCCUCGCCAAUUUCCUCCAGGUUAACAUGGGCUGCAUGGAUUGGACAAUCAUGGCCAAGGAAGUCAAAAGCGUCGAUGGAAGCAAGCCCGGUAAUAUGGCCAUGGUUAUGAUUCAUGAUCGGAUCAUUGCAGAUGCGCAGGCCGGGAGUGCCAGAUAUUCAAAAGUAGCCGCUGCAAAGAAGGCGCUGGAAAUUCUAAAGGGUUUGCCAUCGAUGGAGUUUAGGGAGAAAUAUGGUUGUUGCUGCCGUCCAGGUGCUGAUGAAGAACAGGUCGAGCAGGACGAGCAGGAGCCAGAUCAUGGCACCGCGGCGUAA